AUGUCCUUUGGCAGUGGGGGUUUUUCUUUCGGUGGCAACACGAAUAAUCAAAGUACUUUUGGUGGCUUUGGCAACAACAACAAUACCAACGCAGUGCCAGCCUUUGGCUCGAACACAGGGAAUGCUGGCUUCGGAAGCAGCACGACCAACUCGAAUCCUUUCGGAGGAAGUACGUUCGGAUCCAACACCGGAGGUGCGUGA